AUGGCUCCGACCUGCUUCAGUGGGUGCGCUUCUCAAUACCGUGCGCUGCCGGAGCUUUUCAAAGGCAAUCGAGGAUGUUUGCGAGGGAUCAAGAAGCAGAUCGGAGAAGCGGCACCUGCGGCACCGGUCGCAGAGCCAGAGCCCCCUUCGGAUGGGAGGGCCUCCGCAGUUCCGCAGCUCAGCUGCCCAGGGCUGAUUUCACGGAGCCAGUCUGCCGUCAGCAGCGAUGCCCACGUGAGCGUCAGCGACGUCGAGCGGCCCACACUUCUGCGAUCUGCCAAGGCACUCUCUCCACAAGGUGACCACGAGAAAGUUGGAGAGAAGAUCGCUAGUCUACCUGUGAGUCCUCGGGACAUCGACAGCUCUCUGGCCGCCCUGACCACGGCGACUUCCGAAGAAGUGGAUGCGCACGAGGAUGCUGGCUCGCCUACGCAGAACCCAUGGCCGACGCUCGGCUGCUGCAACGCCGUCGGGCCGAGCACAGCACCACGGUCUCCGCAAUGGGAUUCCGACUGGAUGUGGCAUGCUUCUGCGCAAGUGGGUGCUGGCCUUUGGACUGGUAGCAAACAAGCUGCCCUUUUCCUGGGGAGCCAGCUGCACAACGCGGCUACUCUGGCGCAGCCCCACAUUACGUCGUUUGCAGGCGCUGCUACAGAUGCACUGCAGUCAGCUGCAGCUGAGACCAUGGAAGGCAUCAGAGCUCUCGGGCCACGACGGCCCCGUGCUUCGCGGGCAAGCCUCACGAACGGGAAAAGACGCGGAGAUCUUCAGCCGCCGCUCCUGGUCGCGCCAAUUCUUCCACCACUUCCUGAGUUGAAUGCCUUUGCACCGGAACAGCCUUGGUCUAGCGUGGCUGGCAUGGCUCCGGGACCGGGACUUCAUGGAUAUCCAGGACCAGCAUCUCUGCCAGCUCCGUUUGCGCACGCACAGUCCCUGGCAUGGCCGAGAAGCCAGUCUUUUGCAACGUCCACUCCAUGGCAGGGCACUUCCGCACAGCACCUCGCGCCUUCAAUGCUCAGGACCUCUGCCCAGCCGCAGUCUGCUCCGGCCAGCUUCCACCUCUCGGAAGAUACAAACGUUUGGGCGACCAAUGGGAAUGGGAUGUCUUGGGGCACACCCGGACCGAGGCCUGGUCAAGCUCAAGCUCCUGUUGGGCCCAUCGUGCGCCAAGCAACUGUUCUAAGAAGCACGCUGGGGGAGAGGCGGCCACUAACAGAGAGCCGCAUCAGACCCAGCUGA